CAUCACGAGUUGUUCUCCGAAAUAACAAAACCCGUAUCGAGGGAAGCCAAGUGUUGUACACCUGUCGUUUGAACAUGCUAUACUGGUCGCUCGGCGCUGAACAUGCAACGUAGGACGCAUUUUCACGGCAAAGAGACGAAUGCAACGAAUACCGCACCUCAAUUACUCAAACUUCCGCUCGAAAUUCGUCGACACAUCUAUCUUCUUAUGCUGAAUUUCAGCUCCCAUGACCACUCGAGUCUGAUGUGCGUCUGUAACCAGAUAUGCACGGAAGCCAGGGAAUCUUUUUUCCACCGACCUCUUGUUUGUCGAUCGCCGAAUGAUCUUGUCACGUUUGUGGAGAGCCGUCAGAGAAAGACACUGGACAGUAUCACCAGUUUGCAGCUAAGAUUGGAGGAGGUUGAAGCAGAUGUAAUGCAGCCAUAUCUUACCAAAAUAGUGAUGGGUACGCCGAUGCCAGCAGAUCAACACCCAUAUCUCGUGGAAAUCGACCGGAUUACGCGCGCACUGGCUAAGCUACCCAGUGUCACCCGAUUAGCGGUACUAAGACCGUCCGAUGCGAACAAGACAAUUCCUGCAAGUAUCGUCGUUACUGGCGUGCUCAAAUGGGCAGCACAACAUUACACCAAGCUCCAACAUCUGAGAGUCGAGAUCGAAUCCUGUCGACUUGAUUCUCUGAGCGGCUUUCGAGAGUUACGGUCGCUUCGUAUGCCAGGCUGCUCCGAGAGCGGUAGCGUUAGGAUCGCAGAUGUCCUCAGCAAACUUGGCUAUCUCGAGGAGCUGGAUAUUUGUGGUCCGUCACCAGGCCUGCAAUUACGACAAAAGCAUGCAGCAUACCAAAGCAAGAUCGUCCAAUCGGCCACGCAUCGACUUUUCGAGCAAGUCAAACCGCUCAAGCGACUGAGGCUCAGCGAGGUGAUUGAUUCGAACGGUAAAGCAAGCGCGUUGCUGACGCCCAAAACGGUGAAAGCUUUGUAUGAGAUCCACAAGGACAGUCUCCGGGUGCUCCAUAUCUCCGCCAAUGAUCCGCCUUCAGAGGCCUUUGUUGCCUACAUUUCAGCCUUUCUGAUCGCUGCCCCAGAUCUACAAGAGCUGCGUAUAGCGUGGCCGAAGAUGGAAGUCUCAUUCCUAGACUGUCUACCGAACUCAGUCCGACAGCUGGAAAUGGCCACAGCUUCGCACGAGAAGGCGCAAGCAAUCGUCGACCGGUUGGCUGCGAUGAAAUACCGCCUACAACGUCUUCAAAAACUCAAAUUCAGUAUCAUCAAUCAACCUGCAGAAAUUCAAGCCUCAGGAGACAAGCAAGAUGCAAUAAGCUUUAGCCUUCCCAUCCAAACAUUGGCAUCUCCCCUAAACUCACCCUGGCCUAUCAUUUGGGAUGUCUGGCAGCCACUAUUGCCCGACUGUAUCCGCCCCGAUUCAACUUUAGUAUGAGAAUUGUUUUCUCCCGAUCGAUGGUCGCUGCGAUCGCCUUCGUGGCUUGCUGGUCAUA